ACAAAAUGGCGGCACCCAGCGUCUUUACAAAUUAUUGAAGGAUAUAUUUUAAGUGUUAUUUACUAGACAAGUGGUAGUAACAUAAAAGACAUUCGCCAAACUUUCCAAACAGUAGACUCAACAUUUCGGGAGACAGUGUUGACUGUUCUUAUUCGGAGACAAAGAUUAAAUGCCAGAUGAAAAAAUAACAUUGAAAUUCCUGCCAAUAUGUCUGAUUGCGAUGAAGACGAGGAGAGUGGACAAGUGCAAAAGCCAGAAGCACUCUUUGGGUCAGAAUUAAUAGAAUUAAUAGCUGAAGAGAAAGCUCCAUCUGAAAAGCUUUCAAGGCACAAGUCCACAACAAGUCCUGCCCCCACCCCUUCCUUGAGGCGUCGACAGAAGAUCUCACAGACCUCAGGAACCACUCUAGGGGGCUCCAGGGCCUCGAUAAAUAGAACUUCCAGAAUCUCAUUUAAAAAGGUGCCAGCGGAUGAUGAUGAUGACUGCUUUCACCAGCCCUCCUGCACAGUUAUUGCCCCUAAUUUAGUCCAAGACCUCGUCGCAGACUCGAAACCAAGCGCCAGUGGGACUUCAACUCCAAAGCUGUUACGGUCGCAGUCCUUACUACGCAGCUCAUCUCACCACCAUGACGGGCCAGAGAGUCCACUGUUGGCCAAUUUGGAUGGGGGGCGUCUACAAUAUACACAUCUUGAUGUGUUGGAGGAGGAAUCUAAAGAAUCUGCUGAGUUGGAGCCAGGCCCUGUGGACGCUCCUGAUCUUGCCGAUCUACGCAGGUACUCAUUGAACACCCAGGAUAGCGGGAUCUUUGCGAAUGCCCCAAUCAAGUGUGGCAACUUUGAGAUUGUACAAGACCCGAGGGAUUUGAGGAACAAGCCCAAGAAGCACUAUUUAUGUGUGGACAAUGAUGUGAGCCUGCCCGCUGUGACAGAAUUCAUGGCCAACUUCUGGGGAUUGCGCAAUCCAAAUAUCGUUCUCUCUGUGAUCUCCAAUGAAGACCACUUCAAGCCCUGGAAAAAUCAGAAGUUGAGAGAUGACCUUCAAAAAGGGAUAAUAAAGGCCUUGAACACAACCAACAUGUGGAUCAUCACCCAUGGCUUUAAUAAUGGUGUCGCCAAGUUGAUUGGAGAGGCAGUGAAGGAAUACAAUAUUGAGCAGCAAAACUCUCGGAUCGUCAGCAACCAAUAUCUUAGUUUAGCGGAGAGGAUGAAAAGACGUCUACCAGUCAUUGGCAUCGUGCCAAAAGACAAGGUGCUGUCAGGUGCACAUUUGGAUGAAAUGACGAGUGUUACUGCAAUGAAAACCACAGUGAUUCCUGAAGUUCAUGAGUUGAACCUGGACCACUCACAUUUCAUCAUUGUCGAUGAUGAUGAAAGGGAGGGACUGGUAGGCACUCUGAGAUGCAGAAUAGAGGCCCAUUUUCGCAAGCAGUUUGGCACUAAGAAGAGACUGAUCCGAAUGAUGAGCAUGGGAGCAGAGGACGGCCAAACCCAGACUGACGCCAGUGAUACGCAGACCAUAGAAGUGCAGUAUUUAAGCGAGGUGAUGGAGCAUGCCAUCCCAGUGUUGGGCCUCCUGGUUCAAGGUCACCCACACAACCUUGAUCACGUGAUGUACUUUCUGGAAAACAAGAUGCCUAUUGUCAUACUGAAGGACAGUGGUGGUUUAGCUGAUGUUCUAGGAUAUGCACACGAUGAGCUGCAUGAAAAGGCAGAUUUAGAUCCAGACUUUGAACAGAACACACUGAAGCCAGAGCUGAUCAAGAUGAUUGUGCGUAUCUUCGGCUCCAAGUACGAGGACAAUGAAGUGGAAAAGCUGCAACUCAGGGAUAGGAUCAUCCAGUGUGUGAAAAUGGCACAUGAUGGUGAAGCCUCAUAUAUAACAGUUGUGAAUGCAAAAACAGUGGGCGGGAACAACCUCAAGGAUCUGGAUAAGUUUCUUCUAAAAGCACUCUUAAAGAGUGAAAAAACGGAGGGUGUGAACAGACAAGAGCAGCUUCAGAAUGAUCUUCAACUGACAAUUGACUGGAACCGGCCGGAUCUGGCAGCAGAAAUCUUCCAGCUUGAAACUCUUAAAGUCAGGAUUGACAGGAAGAUGUUUGAGAAGGCCCUACUCCAGAAAGACCGGGAGAAGUUCAUUGACCUCUUCAUCACGCAGGGGGUCAGAGUUCACCGGUACCUGAACCACAAGAAGCUCAAACUGCUGUUUGAGAAAGCUGAGGACAGAGAAUUCUUCAUAACCGUGUGUCUGGAGGGAAUGCUUGGAACCAAAGUGACGACAGAUAAAGUCCUGGGCAGCCAUUUUAUGUCCAAGCAGUUGAACCGUAUGCUGCAGAGACUGACAUUGCUCGACAGGUUCAUUGUGCCUGAGGAGCUCACCCAGAAUGCAGUUGGAAACUACAAGAACACGGAGGAUGCUAAUGUGGCUGAGAGAAAGGCUCUCAACUGCCUGAUGGUGUGGGCAGUGCUAAUGCACCGACACAAGCUGGCCAAGACCCUAUGGAGCCACUGUAACGAACCGAUAGCCAUGGCCCUGCUGUGCUCUCGUAUCUAUAAGGAGAUGAUACGAUACCACCUGGAGCAGUACCAGAAGAAAGAGCUGGAGGACCUAUCCAAAGAAUUUGCGGACAUGGCCCUGGGUGCACUGAACAUCUGCUUCAAGGAUGCAAGUGCCCAGGCCUUAUACAUGCUUGGAAAACAACUGCCUGACUAUAAUGACAAGACAGUGGUGGAGAUUGCGCAUGAUGCCCGCGCCAUUCACUUCAUGGCCCACCCUUGUGUCCAGAAGUGGUUGACACAACUUUUCAUGGGAAACUUGCAUGUCAAAGAGCUAGAAUGGGGCUUUUUCAGGCUGCCAUACUGGUUCAAGAUUAUUUCAAGUGUUUUGCUGAUAUUUCCCAUGUACAUCUGGAUUCGCUUCACUCCUCCUGCCAAGAUGGAAGCUAUAGAGUAUGAGGAAGCUGUAGCAGAGGAAGAGGAGGAUGAAGAUGAUGAUGAUUGUGUGGAUGAAGCCAACACAUCCUACCGGAAGAAAAAGUUAAAGUCAUUGGGGCGGAUCAAGCACUUGCUCACAGGCAAGAAAAAUGUCCCAUUCUACCUGAAAUACUACCUUCUCUGGACAGCUCCAGUCACCAAGUUCUGGAUCACACAGUUGUUCUACUUCAUGUUCCUGGGCGUGUUUUCCCUGGCUACCCUGUGGCCGACAUGUGGCAACUGGACUCUGGACUGCGUCGUCUUCCUCUCUGCCCUCAUGAUAGAAAUGGAGCUAGUCUGGACCACAUACAAGAAGAAACAGAGGUUCAAAACAAUGACAAUGAUGAGUAGCUACAUGGACCUCACUCUGAUUGGUAUCUUCCUCAUCACCAUGUUGAUACGACUUCUGGACAUCUGGCAUGGAAUCUCAGACUACACUAGGGCCAGAGAGAUGAACUGUUAUGCUCUGAUCUACUUCUACUACCGCCUUCUUGGCACCUACCUGCCGAUCAGCCCAACUCUGGGACCAAUGCUGAACAGAAUCAAACGAAUGGUGAGCCAUGACUUUGUGGCGUUCAUGCGAAUGUUCCUGAUCUUCAUGAUAGUGGGUGGUGUCACCACCCAGUCCAUCUUGUACCCACACUGGCCCAUGAACCUCGAGAUGUUCAAGCGCGUAUUCACACGGCCACUCUAUGCCUUGUUCAGGACUGAUAUUGAUGAUUUGACAGGCAAUCCAGACUGUUCACCAGAUUACAAGAAGACCCUGGAAUACUGUGAUACCAAAAACAACUACAGUACAUCGGAACAGGGACACUUGGAUAUCCUGAGGCUGGAGCGAUGCCCAAACACGAGUUUCUCGGCCUACGUGAUCACCCUGCAGUACCUCUUCAUCUGCAAGUUGGUCCUUGUCACCCUGCUGUUUGCACUGUUUGCAUUGACGAAUGCCAAAGUGAACGUGGUUGCCAGUGACCUCUGGAAGUUCCAGCGCUAUGCCCUGAUUGAAAAUUUCAAGAACCGGCUCACACUUCCCCCGCCUCUCACCUUCAUAAACCUGACAUUCAUCUUCCUGAAAUAUGUCUACAGGAAGUGCUACGCCAAGUGCAAAGAAUGCUGUAAUCCAGAGAAGGAUAAACUGAAAUAUGUCGUGGAUGACAUGGAGCAGGAUGACUCAGUCUUCUGGAAGAAGGUGGCCAAGGACUACAUCGCCUCUGAGGAACAGGCGGCCGAGAAGGAGUCUAAACUUGGCAAGAUCGAGGACAUCUUGUUGGUGUUGCAAGAUGACUUGAAGCGUCAGAAGAAAGGGAUCAAACUCGUCACUGAGCACAUGGUGGAGAUUGAGAGAAUGAUGCAGUCUCACAGACUCUACCUGGAAGACUUGGGACAUAAACAGGGAAAAAACGAGUUGAUGGGAAUAACAAAUACAAAAGGCACGUUUAUUCACAUUGCUGCCCGACAGUCACCCUAUCCUGGUACUCACAUUGAACGGUUCCCAGUCUUUGACAAAUAUGUGCCUUGGGAGAUCCUGUAUGAUGUGUAUGAUCCGAAGACCUUUUCCCUUGAGAAGUCUAAAUUUCCAGAGAGUGAAAUCCUGUUUGUCGAUGAGGAUAUUUUAGAAAUUAUCCUGAUGAAGUGUGAGAAGGCAUUCCGGGCCAGUGAUUUAAACAUUGCUCACAGCAAUAUCCUAGACUUCAUGCCGCAAUGGAACACGGUAACCAAGUAUAAGGAGAACGAUGUCACCGUGGAGGUUGACCGGCGCUCCUGGAUCUACGUGAACGGCAUCCCAAUGAGAUAUGCUGUAGACCCACUUGAGAUACCCAUCAACCCAAUGGGGCGUACAGGCAUGAGAGGUAAAGGUGUUCUGUGGCGGUGGGGACCCAAUCACAUGAUCAAGGUUGUCGUGACCCGGUGGCGUAGAAUGAGGAACCCAGACGGCACCUUCAAGUUCCUGUAUGUAGAGGGCAAACGCGUCCUUGAGUUCAUAGCUGUACAGAAGGUGGACGUCACAGAAUCAGACUUUGCUCUUCCUGGGGACGUUUUGCAUGGACUAAGCAACCCACACAGCAUCUUGUGUCAGGCGUUCAUCAGGCAGGUGUUGGGCAAGGAGAAACAGAAGCAGUACGACACAGAUCACAUGAUUCAGUUCUUUUCCAAGUUUGCCGCAGGGCCGCCAGAAAGCUUGCCCAGCUCCCCUGGGCUGGGUCAGAUGCCCUUCUCACUAGCUGCACGCUCUGUGUCCAUCUACAGUCAGCAGACCUCGGUCAUACAGCCCUUGGCCAGGUCCAAUAUGGACUCAAGGGGCUUCUGCCCAACGCUGCUGUACAAGGGUUACCUGGACGAUCCACGUAACACAGACAAUGCCUGGGUGGAGACAGAAGUCUGGAACUUCCACUAUGACCAUGGCGACACAUUUGACAGCAAUCUACCUGAGGAUGCCAGCGUCAAGUGGAAGGAAGUGUCGCCGUACGUGAAGAUGUUUGGAAACGAAGGUGUCAUAGUCCAGGAGGCAGCACGCAUACAUGAAGCCUACCACUGAGCUCAAGCCACAUGUGUUUACUUGUUGUGAUAAAACCCAACAAAAUGCAUGUGCACAGAGUGUCAUCCCAGAUUAGCCAUUGCAGUCUGCACAGGCUAAUUAGGAAGGACUAUUUCCGCCUGAACGAAUAUUUGGUGUAAAGAGACAUUCUAUCAACAACAAAUUCCAUAAAAGCAAAAUGCGUUUUUCAUGAUUUGCCUAUGCAGAUUGCUUAGGCUAAUCUGGUACAACAUUUUAUGCACAUGCAUUCAGCCCAGUUUUCCAGGAAGGAGGCUCUUAUAUUCAGCACUCAUACUUGAUACCUUCCAUUGAGCUGCGGCUUCAAUGACAGAUUGUCAACAAAUGGCAGUCCUCAUUGCUUGGAGGUGUCAUACAUACAUGAAGCCUACCACGAAAUUAUUGCUUCAGUUAUUGAAAGUUUUGAAAACUGGGCAUGCAAAAUGCUCACAACUUAAAAUUGACAUAGCUAUGAAGUUAGAACUUAUUACUUAGUAUUAUUGACUUUGUUUUACUUAGUAUUAUUGAUAUUGUUUUUCUUAGUAUUAUUGAUAUUGUUUUUGCUUGUAAAAAAAGGCUUUAAUGUCUGUUGUUUCAUAUUGUAAACUUAAACAAGUGUUGAUAGUUAGUGACCAGUAUUUUAGUUGAAGGUGGAGGGGUUUUAUGCUGUCAAAUCAGUGCUGAUCUAUAUUUAUUCCGGCCAUUUUGCUGUGUGUUAAAUCAUGUUGAUUGGUCAUUGUUAUGGUUUCUCUUUAGUUACACUUAAUGAAUAUAAUGACUCUUGUCAUAAUGUUUAAUACAUAAGUAAUUUAAGGUUAUUAAGAAUAAAUUUAAUAUUUUUUUAGAAAAUAAGUGUAAAGUGACCAUUACAUAUAUGCGGACAGUAGAAACUGUUAUAGAACAGUAAGAACUGCACCUCACCAGAUUUGUUUUGGAAUUAUCAAUUAGAUAUUUGCGUUGUGACAAUAGCUUAAAUUGGUAUUGUGAAACUCGUGGUUGGUUUCUUUGCAUGUAAAAUCAUUACGUUCGUUUAUUUUUUGGUUCAUGUAAAAUCAUGUUGAUUCUUCAAAGGUUUGGGUUUAUUGAACAUUAUCUGGAUUGUUAAGUUGUUUUGGUUCAUGGAAAAUCAGGUAGAUAGGUCAGUUGUUUUUGUUCAUGUUAAUUUAUGUAUAUUGUGUAUGUAGUCUAAGGAAAUUUUAGCAUCUUCUUGUAAGUACCGGUAUAUUUUUACUCUACCACUGCCAAAUUAUGUUUAACUUAUGUAUUUUAUCUGUAACUUAUUUUAAAUAACCAACCAAUUAUAUUGACAAUCGAAUUAAAAACUUGUGACAUAUAAUAGGAAAAAACAGAUCUGAACACAUACUGUUAAGAUAAUGACCUUUUAGGGAUUUCUUAGAAACCAAAUUGCUGUUUAGAGCAAAACAAAGUAGUGGUUAUAGAACAACUUUAUUCAAUACUGGUUGUUCUACAUUUCAUUGACAUGGCAUAUCAAACAAAUGAUAAUGUUGUUGUAGGUAUGAGUUGUUAUAUCAUAUAUUGUUGCAAAAAAGUUUAGCAGACAAUAAUUGAUUUCUUUUUAUGCCAUUAUAGUUAUACUUCAAAAAAUGUUAUUUAGUUGGCGGGCAUUGUUGUUGUUGUGAAUAACCAUUUUCAUUUUACAUUCCAUUUAUUAUGUUUUGUCUUAAGUGGCUUUAUUUUUAGUUAUAUUGUUUUCUACUUCAUUUUUCAUUGUUUCAUCAUUGCCAUUGCCUGUUUUUCUUAUUGUGUUAAUGUUCCACAUUUUUAACCAUUCAUCUGUUAAGCACUAUCUUAUUAUACAAUUUAAUAAGAAGAGAUAGGUGAAUGAUAUUCUGUUAAAAGAAUCUGGUAGUUAAAUUUUAUACUCAUUUUCAUGAUUAGUCGCGUAUAAGAAUGGGUAUUAUGUAGAUCAGAACAUUAAUUUAUUUUUACAUGAAACGGCUGUUAUCAGUUUUACAAGGAUUGUGUAUCAUAUGUAUACAGGACAAAAAGUCAGAGAAAACAUGGUUUCUAAAAAAAAAAUGGUUAUAUAGGCUUUUAGUGCUAAACAGGUCUUAAUGGUGUCUCUCAUUUGGUAUCAGUCUGCCUUACAACCAGGAGGCCCCUUGGUUUGAUCCUCAUUCUGGGUGGGUUUUCAAGACCUUUCAAUUGAAACCAAAUACUGAUUGUUUCUACUUCUAGCAGAUUGAGCCAAUAAUUGUCUCUUUAAGUCAAAUGCUUUAAAUACAAUCAGGCUGAAGCUAAUAGUUAAAUGAAUUAAAAGAGAAUUAAUGAAACAUUCACAUAUAAUAUUAAAAAUAUAAUUAUAUUCAAAUUAAUUGUUAUUCAUGUUAAAUGUUAAUAUUUGGUGAACACAUUUGUUGUAAUAUUUAUUAAACUUGUUUUCUAGCAAAUAGCCUGCAUGCUUCAGUGGCUGUUUAAGUGACCAGACCAUCAUAACAUGUUGGCAUGUUGGUAAUUAAGAACAUUGUGUGAUUGUUCAAAUGAAUACUAAAUUUUGAUGAUCCAAAAAUUUGAUUGAACAUUGCAAAUCAGAAAAUUUAAAUCAGAACCCUCACUUUAUUUUUACAUUACUUCAAGAUGAUAAUUGGCUGUGUAUGUAAACAUUUGUUUAUCAUUUCAUUUAGGUAAAGAUUAUUACAUGUAUUUGUUGAUCAUUAUAGAUACCGGUAUAUCAAAAUGAUUAUAGCUCGCAAUGUUAGCUUUGCACUUACCAUUAUGUAUGAAUAUAUUUGCACUUAACAUUAUGUAUGAAUAUAUCAAAGUACCUGUACAAAGAAUGAAUUAGUAUCCGUACUAGAUGUAAUUUUAAUCAAUUGAAGCAUACUUCACUAUAUAGACUGUUAAGGCCUCGUUUAACUGCAAAACAUGUACCAACUAAAUCGAAGCAAAUAUAGGAAAAAUUCCAAGCGUAUAAUUUUGCUGGUGGAGCUAAGGAGUGUCAGAUUCAUGUUGUCGAGCUAUAAUAGUGUAGAUCAUUUCGUGUUUGCAGAUCAAAGUGUAUAUUUGUAUUAUCAGGUUAGUGAUGAUAAAGAUAGAUCACAGAAUGACCUUCAAUAGUGUGCCAUGUUGAGUCAAUCACAGUAUGAGCUUGAAGAUUAAAACUGUUUCUGAAUACCAUUUUACAGUGCACAAGUUUAUGUAAAUGUCAUGAAUUUUCAGAUUGCUUUACUAUGAAAUUUGAAUGUUUGAAACUUCAGCUCAAAACUUUUUGAAUACUUAAACUUAUGAUCAACAAUGUAUAAAUAUUAAAUGGAGAUCACUCGUAAGAAUUUAUCUUAGUUUAGCUCAAAAUUGAUACAAAUUGAAGAUGAAAAGUGAUCUUGAUUUGGUUUUAAACCUUAAAAUUGUUUCCUUAAUGAAAAUAAAUAGUGCUACACCCUACAUAUAUUGUACAUUUGAAAUCACCAUCAAUUAAUUAAAAAAAGAGUGCAAAUUUUGCUUUUAGUUUUAUUAAAUUACUGUUAUUUUUUGUCAGUAAAUUUCACUGUUUGUUUGUUGGUAUAAAAUGGGCCAAUUACAAUCGUGUUAAGGUAUAGAAGGUACAUGCAAUGCUUCUUUAAUCAAACAGUACUUUUCAAAGAAACCACUGUGUAAGGGUUUUAUGAAACAAUGUAUUGAUAAGUUAUUACCACUUUGAAUGAUAUUAAUGUUUCAGUUAAGGAAACUGUUUUGAAAUAUAAAUGAAAUGUAGUUGACAUCAUAAAAUGUACUUGGAGAUUAUUAUUUAAAUGAUGUUGAUCUGAAACAAAUACUCAUUUAUCAAUACUUUUGAGGGUUGCUCUGGAAAAAAUGGGUUAAAUGCUAUGUGUUAAGUAACGUCUGAGAUGAGCUUGUGCAAUCUGCCCAGACUAAUCAAGGAUGAAACAUUCGGCUUUCGUUUUUUUCAUUUAAGGGAAUUCUCUUUUACACAAAAAUCAAUCUUGGUUGAAAGCAUUGUCCCUUAUUAACCGGUGCGGACUGCACUUGAUGAACCUGGACAACGCUACAUACAUGCAUUAAGCCUGGUGUUUUUCCAUAGUGAAGCUCAUUUACCUAAGAUAAGAAAGCAUAUAUAUAGUGGUACUUCAGUAGAGAACUUUAAGAAUAAACUUUGCUCUUAUGUAGUUCUAGUUUUAUUGCAAUGUUUUUUGUUUCUUAAAAAGUCUUUUUUUCAGAUUCCUGUACGCGAAUUCAGUUCAUCACUAGUACCGGUGUUAGUUUUACUUGCAUAAUUUAAAUUGACGCAUAAUACGUUAUCUUAACAAUACAACGAUUUAUCUAGACUUUCCAAAUUGUAUCUGGUCAAUUUUAGUUGUAUAUAUUGUUUUCAUUUGCUGCCAGUAUGAGUGUUGAUAUUUUUUGUCUUCAAGGUUGAUAUAUUUAUCAUAUUAAAACACAAUUUAAAUUAGCAAUCUCAGUUUAUACUUAAAACAAUGUCCAUGUUUAAAAUGUUUUGAAUGUUAGAAGAUUGUAUUGUAUACAAAUGCUGUAACUUUAAAAUUUAAAUAGAUGAAUGCCAUAUUGUAUAAUGUUGUUGUAAAUUUAAUUGAAAGUGUACAUGAAUGCCAUAUUGUAUACUGUUUUAGCUCACCUGCAUGGUGAGCUUUUGUGAUCGCAUUUUGUCUGUCGUGCAGUGUCAACAUUUGCCAUGUUAACAGUCUAGAGGCCACAUUACGUCAGAAGAUUUCUGCCAUGAUAUCUUGGACGAGUUCGAAAAUGGUUCUGGUUGGUUGAAAAAUAUGGCCCCAGGCGGCAGGGCAUUGUUCCUUAUAUGAUUUUAGUAUAACCUUGUUAACAUUGUAGAGGCCACAUUUAUUGUCUGAUCAUCAUUAAACUUGGUUAGAAGAUUUUUUCCAAUGAUAUCUUGAAUGAGUUCGAAAAUGGUUCCAAUUGCUUGAAAAACAUGACCGCCAGGGUUGGAGAAUUUUCCGUUAUAUGGCUUAAGGAAUACCUUGUUAACACUCUAGGGGCCACAUUUAUUAUCCAACUUUCAUCAAAUUUGGUCAUCACAUUUGUUCUAAUGAUAUCUUUGAUAAGUUUAUAAAGGAUUCUGGUCUGUUGAAAAACGUAGCUAGAAGCUACAUUUAUUAUCCGAUCUUCAUGAAACUUGGUCAGAACAGUUGUCUUAAUGGCCGAAAUUGCAACUAGUUUCCGUUACUUGAAAAACAUGGCCGUCUGGGGGCGGGGCAUUUUUCCUUAUAUGGCUAUACAUGUAUAUGCCUAUAGUAAAACCCUGUUAACUCUCUAGAGGCUACAUUUGUUAUCCGAUCUUCAUGAAAAUUGGUUAGAAGAUUUGUCCCAAUGAUAUCUUAGACGAGUUCGAAAAUGGUUCCGGUUGGUUGAAAAACAUGGCCGCCAGAGGGCGGGGCAUUUUUCCUUAUAUGGCUUUUACCUUGUUAGCACUCUUAAAGUUACAUAUACAGUUCACUAUUCAUAAACCAUGGUCAAAACAUUUGUUUGAAUGCUAUCGUGGGCUGCACAGAACUGGUCAGUUGCUUUGUAUCUCAGGUAAGCGACUUUGGGCCUUUCAGACCCUCUUGUUUAAAGUUUUAAAUGUUAGUGUAGAUGGAUGGCAUAUUAUAAAAUGCUUUUGUAAGUUUUAACUGUAAAGAGAUGAAUGUCAUAUUGUAUACUGAUGUUUUAAGUUUUAUGUGUUAGUAGAAGAAUCUCAUAGUGUAUAUUUAUGUUGUAAACAGCUGGCCCCGAUUGCUCAAAAAUUCCAAAAAAGAUUUUACAGUAUAAGAUUAAGCUCACUGUUCGCAUAUUGCAAAAAAGUGCGCAAAAUAUUUAUUUUCAACAAACUGUAAGCUUUAAAUGAAAAUUAUAUGUGAACUUAACACACUAUAUGCUAUCAACAGCACCAACUUCAAAUAAAAGUAUUAACCUA